UGAGAUCAUGAUAACCCAUGCGGCAUGCAUCAUGACUGAGCGGUAAACACGAGUCAUACAAAAAAUCGUCUUUCAGCUUUCAAACUUUUUGAAACUUCAUACGCGUCUUAAUUAAAGUCUUGACAGUGAAACCGUUUUUCCGUUUUGUGAGCUGAUUGGAAAAAUUAGGUAAAUGGAAUCAAUCAACGACAUUGAUACAUAUCCAGGAUUUUGUUCAAAAUGUGGUUCAAUACUACCGUCAUUAAGUAUGGAAGAAUUUAUUAAAUGUUAUUCGUGUAAAACAGUCUUUGGGCCAGAAAUUUAUGGUAAUUCUGUCGCUGAAUACAAUAUUAUUUUGAACUCUGUAGAAGAUAUAGAUAAUGUAGUAAAAAAUGAGCAUAACAAAAACGAUGCUGAUGACGGUCCUAUUGCUGAGAGAAGAUGUAGCCAAUGUGGUCACAACCUGAUGUCUUAUGCUGCUGUGCAAUUGAGAUCAGCUGAUGAAGGACAAACUGUGUUUUACACUUGUCUUAAAUGCAAAUUCACGGAAUCAGAAAACUCUUAAAACAAUCUCAAAAAUCUGUAAUCCAUUUUUGUAUAUAACAAUCAAGUUAAAUAAAGUUAUUCUCGUUUUUAAAC